CCUAAUAUACAUUUUUUCUUUAGUCAAUGAAAUUAAAUCUAAUGUUAUUAAUUCAAUGAAUAAAUUACAAUUAUCUUUAUUUAUUUAUUCAUUAAUUACAUAACAAUAAUACCGUUAUGUUGAAUGAUCAACUAAAUAUAUUUUUAAAUGUUACUGAGUCUAAGGAUUUCAAUUUAAGUCAUAAAGACUAUAAUAAUACAGAGGAUUUGAAAAAUAAAAAGGAUGUUAUUAUAGAUGAACAUCUACAAUCUAUUGGACUAAUCAUUUUAUUGGUUUUAUUCUUUACAAUUGUUAUUGGUAAUUUGACUGUACUUGGUGUGAUUUUUUCAAGAAAAAUCAAAACACAAAUGAAAAUAUUCAUUAUUAAUUUAGCUAUUACAGAUCUCUUUGUAGCCCUCGGUGGAAUCUUACCGGAAAUAAUUUGGAAUAUCACAAUUGUAUUUUAUGCACCAACAUUUGUUUGUAAACUAGUGAAGUAUAUGUCUACUACCAUAACAUACGGAAGCUCUUUCGCAUUAAUAGCGUUAAGUAUUGAUCGUGCAGAGGCUGUAUGUAGACCGCUCCGAGCUACCUCAUCGAAAUUUAGUAAAAAAACACAUGCCCUCAUGUUAAUCGGAUCUGCAUGGUUAGCAGCAGUGGUAUGCGGUAUACCUACAGCGUUACUAGCUCAAAAAGUUUAUGAAGGGACACAGUAUGAAAACUGUCGAUUCGACUUUAGCAGGAUUAGUCCACAAGCCUAUCUAACCUCUAUAGCAAUGUCAGUUUUUGUCAUACCAGCAUUUAUUAUAGCCACCUGUCAUAUUAUCAUCGUAAUUAAAAUUUGGAGUGCAUCCAAAUCUCGAAAAUUCAGAAUAAAUGAUCUACCAGAUUUGCGUCAAAAGCGAUCUCAGGAAAAACAUCUAAGCAAUCCACUUUCUGUAACUACGAUUUCUAUAUCAAACAAGAAGCUAAGUGAAUUGUCACUCGAUAAAAAGAGUCUGCGAAUUGGACUAUCUAGACGUAUUAACCGUAAACAUGUACAUUCCAGUUGUAUAUCCCGUGCUAAAGUGAAAACAGUCAAAAUGACUUGUCUGAUAGUCUCAACUUAUGUGAUUUGUUGGUGUCCAUUUAUGGUAUGGAACUUAAUGGUUACUUAUGGAUAUAUGAGACGAUAUGCUCCAUAUUUGAUGAAAUAUUCACCAAUUAUUCAAGUUAGUUUUAAAAAUACAUCUUCCUGUAUAGCAUAAUAAAUAGUCUUAUUUCACUUUCUUGGAUUUGAAAAACAUUGUCUCAAAAAUGAUUUCAUUAUCUGUGAAUAUGACUAUUUAUACAUUUCGCACUUCUGUAGUUAAGUUUAUCUUUUAGAAAAUGUAGUUGCACGUCUUUGGUUUAGAUAAUUAAGUGCCGUCUUGUCACGGUCGAACUGUGAAUACGUGACUACUUUUAUGGUACAACUUGAAGAAUAAAAUCACUUAACCAAUUUAUAAAUGUUUACAGGAACAAUUCCAAACAUUUAACUACUUAAAACUGGGACUAACUAUUCAAUUUCUCCUUACUUAUUAGUUAAUUAAUUAACUGAUGUAAAGUACUACUUAUAUGCAUUCAGUUUUUCUUACAUCUUAAUUUCAAGAGAGUAUUAGCAUUAAAGAUCAUAGAUAAAAUGAAUCACGAGGUAUUGAGUUUACAUAUAACAACUGUAAAAUAUCAUCUUGCAUGCUCUCGCUUGUUAGAUAUGAUAAAAUACCGUAGGUGAAGAUUUGUGUAAUUCAUGAAUAUUGAAUUUAUAUAACUAUUUCUAUUAUAGGAAUUUGACAAAUGAAUUAACAUGCAUGUUUCAUUUUUUACAAAUUAAUACACUACUCACUGUCGUCCACUUUUAUUUAGACAUUUGAUCGUAUUUUCUCUAU